AUGAGAUAUUCAACCUUAUUUCUUACGCUGUUGACCGUGUACCCCCUAGGAUCUUUAUCUAUAGAGCUGCAAGGUGUUAACAGAGAGUCUGAGUACAAGGAGCCAAUUCCACAAGAGUUCGAUGGUUCCUGGCAGCGGUGGCAUAUGAAAGUGGAGCAUGACUUGGAUGAUGCGGAUCCUGAGGCAGUUUUCAAGUUACAUGAUACUAGAAAUGCAAACCGGCUUUGUGCGUAUGAUAUUUUGAGAAUGUAUGGAUUGGCAAGGGAUGAAGUUGUUGGCGAAGGUAAUGGUAUGGGUUCACAUGACAAUACUGAGAUCAUUGGGCGUCAACUAAAAGAAAAAGUGGUUAAUAAAGUCAUGGAUCUUAUUGAUACGAAUAAUGAUGGUGAAAUUUCACUAGAUGAGUGGAAGAGAUACAGUAGUGAAGGUGGAGAGUUUCCCGAUUUUGGUCUCGGUUCGGGUCACGAGUACGAUUUUGAGGAUGAGUACGAAAAGCAUCAUUGGAUAAAGUAUCACUCUCAAAAUGAUCCAGAUGUUAAUGUGCAACAUGCAGAAGAUGUAGAGCACGAGUUACUUCAUCAUUUCCAUGAAAUUGAGCACGAACAAAUUAAAAAGGGUGAAGUUGUAAAUAGUCCAAUCCUACUAGACCAUGUGCCCGCAAAGUUCUUAGCUCGACAAUAA